GAGUCAGAGUUGCUAGAGUAUCAGUUGUUCCUCAAGAAGUUAGAGAGCAGUAGUUUGGGUCAUGUGGUGACUGUUGCUCCUGCUCCAUCAGACAGACGUAGCUCGUACCUUAAACACAAUCGCUCUAAAGUGGGUGUGGAGAAUGUCACUGCUAUGAUGACAUCAACGAGUAGUCUUAACGAGGAAUCAAGACCGUCUUCCUCCAGUGGUAGUUUGACUGGUGCGAGCAAGAAGGAGCCAAUCAGAAUGGUCCGAGUUUUACCGGUCAAUUACCCAGGAAAAGGCAGAGGAGCUGUUAUUGUGAAGAGUGGAGGUGAUAAUAAUAAUGAUGAUAGUGAGAAGAAAAUGGAGACAGAGAAGGAAAAGAAUGAUGACGUAGCAGAACAUUCAAAUGACAUUAGUAAAGUUGGUGAUCUGAUUAUUGAAGAGACUGAUGAAUGGAUACCACCAACUGAUGAGCAAGGACCACUCCCUCCCUCUCUCUCUCCCUCUGUCCCCAUCACCUCUCAUCAUAAGGAAGACAUUGUGAUUGAAGAAUGUGAUGAUGAAGAAGAUUUAUCAAUUACUGAUAGUGGGAUUAAUGGUUACCAGUCUGAACCUCAGUCUUCGUCGAGAAGGAAUGAGUCUCAGUCUUCCAGGAACAAGUCUCAGUCCAAGAGGAAUGGGUCUUGGUCUAAGAAGAAUGGAUCUGCAUCUAAGAAAAAGGGGUCUACAUUUAAUAGGAAUGGGUCUGAGACUACCAGGAAUGGGUCUGAGCCUAACAGGAAUGAGUCUCAGCGUGAAAGGAGUGAUGAGUUUCGAAAAACUGUUAAUCUUUCUUCAGUUUCAAGUGAAUUGACGUUAGUCGACAUAUCAGAAGAGAAAGAGGAAGAGGAGGAAGAGAACUUUAAGGAUUCUCCUCAAGCAAUGGAGAGGGACACGAGUGAGAAUAUUGAUAAUAAGGAACUGGAUGAAAUGGAAAGAGGAGAGGGGGAGCAGGAGGAGGAGAAUAGAGUUGAAGGUGUUCCUGAGAUGCCAUUACUGAGAGUGAAAUCAACUACAAGUCUUUAUGUACCAGAUUAUGAGUAUCAGAGUAAGAGGAAGAGAGCCACUCCUUCAUAUGCUGCUCAUUGCAUUAACAGUUCAACUGCUCUUGGACCACCUUGUCCUCUGUAUGGGGUCACACAACCAACUGAAGCUGAAAUUGCUAAGAUGUCACUGAAGCAGUUAAGGUCUCCAGUGAAGAGGAAUAGCAUUGACAAAGAAAACUCGUCUUUUUUGGAAAAGAGGAAGACUAGAGAUGAGAGAGCUGCUCAAGGAAGAGAGAGAAAAGAGACAUAUCCACUUCACUCUCAUCAUCUUCAUCUCUCUCCUCACUCUCUCCCUCCCUUCAAUAUUAUAACAGGGAGAUUGAAACUGACCUCUCACUGCAUAAAGGAGCAAGGUACAUGUACAUGUACAUGCAGUACUGUUAUUAUUUAGGACCAAGUCUUACUGGUGAAGCACAUACAUGUACAUGUA